AAACCAUUGAUCCGGCUCCACACAUUUGGCAUUGGCUAUUUAACAAAGCUGAUACAUUUAUAUUGGCAAUAUCUUCUGGAUUAUUAAUGUUCCAAAUCAAUUUUAAUACAACACAGAAAAAUUCUUACUAAAAAUAGUAUACUGCUUAACUGUGAUUAACACGUCAAGUAUUUUAAACAUGCCGAGAUAUUCCUUUGACUCACAGGAACAUGUCAAUAAUUUUAUAUCAACUAAGAACCUGUUGUAGAGUCUGGUGCAAUAUUUGUAGGAUCAUAAAUAGAUUUGCACAUCAGGUGUAUGGUUACUUUCAUGGAGGAUCUUGACAUAAAACAGACGAUGGCUCCGAUUCUAAUCCCUUAUUUUUUGUAUUUCAUCCUACAAAGAAAUAUAACAUAUACCUGUACCACACUGAUAUUAUCCUUGGUACAGAAAGUGGAGAUGGCGAUACAAUAUGUAGCACUCUUUCUAAAUCAGUGCUAGGGGGCGCUGCUCUGCUUUCAUUACAGUUACAUGUAAAAAUGAAGGCUUGACCACUCAGAGUGAUGAACCAUCUCAUAAUUCUCUAAAUGUUAAGGGUGUUAACCUAUGUAUUCCAGCCAAGUUCCAGUUCAGGAAAUUGCAUUUUUCCUUCCAUCUGUAGUUGCAAAUGGAUCGUGUGGUUCUACUUCAGUUUUUGUUCGAAACUGGUGGAUAAUUCUGCAGCGGGCUUUAAAGUGACCAGAUUUCCGAAAUGAAAAUCCCACACACCCAUUGCAGGGAUUGAGCCCGCAGAGGAUAGUUUUGCUGAGGGCAGUGCACAAGAAAAUCUGUCACCUGAAGAGAGAGAAUUAGGUGACUGCUCCAUGCCUGUCAAACUAUACACCUCCCUCUUCUCCUCUGCCAUCCUAUCCAUUUGACUACACUCUAUGGACCAGGGAUUUCUACAGAAGUGGGGAAGGGCUGAUACCAUCUACCAAACCUGGUGGGAGGUGGUCCUUGAAGUGCAUGUGUGCUUAGCCAGCCUACUGUAAAAUUCUCUGACAGCCAAAAGCUGUUUUAAAAAGCAACACCCCCAUCUCCACCAAGGCCACUAGAACAGUAGUUUUCAGGGUCACUUCAUGUGUUUGUUCCUGGACAACUCAUUGAGUGAUUCCUAUCCCUGCCUCCCAAAGCAUGGGGAGAGAGCUUAGUUAACGUUCCCAGCAUCCACUGUCUUUCUUAAAUGAAAGUAUGCUAUCACUAUGUCCUUUGUAUUAAUUCAGUAUCACCAUCUCUACUGUUGUUAAAAAUAAGUCAGACCCUUCCCCCCAAAAAAUCUUAAGAUUGGCUGAAAAAUCAUGAGAUUUUACAAAGUAAUGAAGGGCAGGUUUGUUUUAUUUGACUUCUGGCUUUUCAAUCUCAGGGUUCAGGUUUCAGGCUUUUCUCUGUAACAGGGAGAGCUAGAAACGUCCUUUGCAAAUAGCAGACCUGAGAGUGUCCCCCAGCUCCUGACCCAGAGCUGCAGCGUGCGUGCCUCACCCCCUUGCCAGCAGGGCUGCCCAAAGGAUUCAGGGCACCUGAGGCAAAGCAAUUUCAAGGGCCUCUUCCAUAAAAAAAAGUUGCAAUCCUAUAGAAUACUAUAUUCCUGUGGGGGCCCCUGUGGGACUUAGGGCAAAUUUCCCCACUAGCCCCCUGGUGUGGCCCUGCUUGCCAAAGCUGGGACCCGAGGGGGGAGGUUAGGCGUAGAGUGUGGGUCAGGAAAAACAAACAAAGAACAAUGUAUUACUCAAUGACAUCAUCAUCUCCCCCCGCUCCGUGCCCCCAGCCCUAGGGACGCAGGAGGUCCUUUGGCAGAGGCUAGUGACAGGUCUAACGCCGCCCCGCCCCCGCUUCUCUCGCAAGGGGAGGCGCGAGCGCCUGUGGUUUCUCUUGUCCCUCGCCGCGCGCCGUAGCGCUGCUCCCGGCUUCUGCCCCCUGAGACUGUUUGCAAGAUGGCGGCCGCGCGGGCGGCUCUUCGCGGCCGGAUCCCCGCAGCCGGGUAGAGACACCGCCCCCAACGCUGCUCCGCGCUGGGCUGCAGACAGGGGCCUGCUGCUGCCAUGCCGCCCUCGGUGCAUGCAUGAGAGACGUCGCCGAGCUGCUCCCUGCUGCCGCCGCCGCCAUGGAGGAGCCGCCGCCGCCGGGGCUGAGCCCGGGGAGAGAGUGCAAGUCAGAAGAUGUUGCUUGCAAAAUUUCUGAAUCUGAACCUGAGGAAUUAUCAGAUGAAGCCAGUGCUGACAUUUUCUAUGGAACUUCUCCUCCUAGCACACCGCGACAGAUGAAACGUAUGUCAACAAAGCAUCAGAAAAAUAAUGUUGGGAAACCUACUAGCCGCUCCACUUUGAAAGAAAAGAUGAGUGCACCAAAUCAGCCUCCACAAAAAGACAAUGGCAAAACCACUGACAAUGUGGAAGAACACAGCUAUAAGCAUGGGAAGAAGAUCCGAGCCACCCUUAGGACAACAGAACGAGAUCUCAAGAAAAAUGUGCAGUGCUCAUUCAUGUUAGACUCAGUUGCUGGGUCCUUGCCAAAAAAAUCAAUUCUAGAUGUUGAUCUCAAUAAGCCUUACCUCAGCCUUGGCUGUAGCAAUGCUAAGCUUCCAGUCUCUGUGCCCAUGCCUAUAGCCAGAACUGCACGCCAGACUUCUAGGACUGAUUGCCCAGCAGACCGCUUAAAAUUUUUUGAAACCCUACGGCUUUUGUUAAAGCUUACCUCAGUCUCAAAGAAAAAGGACAGGGAACAGAGAGGACAGGAAAACACCUCCUCUGUCUUUUUUAAUCGAUCCAAUGAACUGAUCUGGCUUGAGCUGCAAGCUUGGCAUGCAGGCCGGAACGUUAAUGACCAAGAUUUCUUUCUGUAUACAGCCCGUCAAGCCAUCCCAGAUAUUAUUAAUGAAAUCCUCACCUUCAAAGUGAAGUAUGAAAACUUCUCCUGUGUAAGAAAUGGAGCCAGUUUCAAUGAUACUUCAGGAGAAGGACAUUGCAAAGCAGCCCAUGGAACUAGUGCUGUGGGUUACACAAGUUACUAUGAACACCUUCAUCGUCAGCGGGUCUCCUUUGAGCAAGUAAAGAGGAUAAUGGAGCUGCUAGAGUAUGUAGAAGCACUUUAUCCAUCUCUGCAGGCCCUUCAAAAGGACUAUGAAAAGUAUGCUGCAAAGGACUUCCAAGACAGGGUGCAGGCACUCUGUCUGUGGUUAAACAUUACAAAAGACUUAAACCAGAAACUAAGGAUUAUGGGAACUGUUUUGGGCAUCAAGAAUCUGUCUGACAUUGGCUGGCCAGUGUUUGAAAUUCCUUCUCCUCAACCGUCCAAGGACAAUGAUCCAGAGGAUGAGGAAGAUAGUAGGGAAGUGGAAGUAAAAGAAUCCUCAGGAACAUGCAUAGAGGAAAGUGAAGAUGAAGAACAAAUCUCUGAGGAGAAUGUUGAGGAACUCAGACAAGCCAUCAAGAACACUUUUACCAAUAAGCCAAAUUUUGACUUUCAGCUACAGGACCAUUUUUCAAGGAAGCUUGACAGGCUUGAAUCAGAGGAUGACUUGGCCUGUUGGGUUAUUCCUGAGUGCAGUGCCGAGGCAGGCUGCAGCAGACACUGUUUGACCUCUAUUUACAGGCCAUUUGUAGACAAAGCACUGAAGCAAAUGGGGUUGAGGAAGCUAAUUUUAAGACUUCACAAGCUAAUGCAUGGUUCCUUGCAAAGGGCCCGUAUGGCAUUGGUAAAGGGUGAUCACCAGCUGGAGUUUUCGGAAUUCCCAGAUCCCAUGUUGUGUUCAGAUUAUGUGCAGUUGUCAAAUUCCUCACUCUCCUCAGAGCAAAAAUGCAGCACUGUAUCAAUGGAAGAGCUGAAAUCUAUGGAUUUACCAUCUUUUGAACCUGCAUUCUUGGUCCUUUGCCGAGUACUUCUCAAUGUUAUCCAUGAAUGUCUCAAGUUAAGGUUGGAACAAAGGCCUGCUGGGGAACCAUCUCUCUUGAGCAUUAAGCAGCUAGCAAGAGAGUGUAAAGAGGUCCUGAAGGGUGGCCUGCUAAUGAAGCAAUAUUAUCAGUUUAUGUUACGUGAGGUGUUAGAUGACUUACAGAAGAUUGACUACAACAUAGAUUCUUUUGAAGAGGACCUGCAUAAAAUGUUAAUGGUUUAUUUUGAUUAUAUGCGAAGCUGGAUCCAAAUGCUACAGCAGUUACCUCAAGCAUCUCAUAGUUUAAAAAAUCUUUUAGAAGAAGAAUGGAAUUUCACCAAAGAAAUAACUCCUUAUAUACGAGGAGGUGAAGCUCAGUCUGGAAAACUGUUCUGUGAUAUUGCAGGAAUGCUGCUGAAAUCAACAGGAAAAUUUCUAGACUCUGGUCUGCAAGACAGCUGUGAUGAAUUUUGGGCCAGUGCUGAUGACAGUACUGCAUCAGAUGAAAUCAGGAGGUCUGUUAUAGAGACCAGUCGAGCACUGAAAGAGCUCUUUCAUGAAGCUAGAGAGAGGGCCUCCAAAGCUCUUGGCUUUGCUAAGAUGCUGAGGAAGGACCUUGAAAUAGCAGCAGAAUUCACAUUGUCGGCCCCCGUGCGAGAGUUCCUGAAUGUCCUGAAAACAAAACAGUAUGUGAAGGUACAAAUCCCUGGACUUGAAAACUUACAUGUGUUUGUCCCAGAUAACCUUGCAGGGGAGAAAUCUGUGAUUUUACAACUGAUGAAUGCAGCUGCAGGAAAGGAUUGUUCUAAAGAUUCAGAGGAGGUUGCAUAUGAGGCCUACUUACUGAUGACCAAGCACAGUGAUAAAGACCAUGAAUUAGGUGACAGCUGGAGCACAUGGGAAGGACAGCCAGUCAAAAUAGUGCCUCAGGUGGAAACUGUUGAUACCUUAAGUAGUAUGCAGGUUGACAACCUCCUCUUUGUAGUCAUGCAAUCUGCCCAUCUUGUGAGUCAGAGAAAAGCUUUCCAACAGUCUAUUGAAGGGCUCGUAUCUUUGCAUCACGAACAGACAUCCAGCCAGCCAGUCAUUGCCAAAGCAUUGCAGCAGCUAAAGAGCGAUGCAUUACAACUAUGCAAUAAGAUAAGCUGUGCCAUUGAUAGAGUUGAUCGCAUGUUCACUUCUGAAUUUGAUGCUGAGGUUGAUGAGUCUGAAUCCGCCACUUUGCAGCAAUACUACCGAGAAGCCAUGAUUCAGAGUUACAAUUUUGGGUUUGAGUACCACAAAGAAGUUGUUCGCCUGAUGUCUGGAGAAUUCAGGCAGAAAAUUGGAGAUAAGUAUAUCAACUUUGCCAGAAAAUGGAUGAAUUAUGUACUAACAAAAUGCGAGAGUGGUCGAGGCACUAGACCCAGGUGGGCAACACAAGGUUUUGAUUUUCUUCAAGCCAUUGAGCCAGCCUUUAUUUCCGCUCUGCCUGAAGAAGAUUUCUUGAGUUUACAAGCUCUGAUGAAUGAAUGCAUCGGCCAUGUAAUUGGAAAACCUCACAGUCCUGUUACAGGUUUGUACAUUGCUAUUCAUCGAAACAGUCCUCGUCCUGUAAAGGUACCUCGAUGCCACAGUGAUCCACCAAAUCCUCACCUUAUCAUCCCAACUCCUGAAGGGUUCAGCACGCGGAGUGUCCCUUGUGAUGUACGGAACCAUUGCAGCGCUGCUGUCAGUCGCCCAGCUCCCAUCAGUAGCGACUCAGCUCAACCAAAACCUGUCAGCAGUGCAAAUGAUACCAGGGGUUCCAGUGUCCCUGAAAAUGAUCGACUGGCUUCUAUAGCAGCUGAGUUGCAAUUUAGGUCCCUGAGCCGUCACUCAAGUCCCACUGAAGAUCGAGAAGAACCAUUGUAUCCUAAAGGAGACUUGAGUGGAUCAGUCCGAAGGAGUUGGGAGCUUCGAACUCUAAUCAAUCAGACCAAAGAUACUGCUUCCAAGCAAGGACCUAUUGAUGCUAUUCAGAAGUCUGUCCGGUUGUUUGAAGAAAAGAGAUACAGAGAAAUGAGGAGGAAGAACAUCAUUGGCCAAGUCUGUGAUACCCCGAAAUCUUAUGAUAAUAUCAUGCAUGUAGGUCUAAGGAAGGUGACCUUCAAGUGGCAGAGAGGAAACAAAAUUGGUGAAGGCCAGUAUGGGAAAGUCUAUACAUGUAUCAGUGUUGACACUGGUGAACUGAUGGCAAUGAAAGAAAUAAGAUUUCAACCGAACGAUCACAAAACUAUCAAAGAAACUGCAGAUGAACUGAAAAUUUUUGAAGGCAUCAAGCAUCCUAAUCUGGUUCGUUACUUUGGUGUGGAGCUUCACAGGGAAGAAAUGUAUAUCUUCAUGGAGUACUGUGAUGAGGGCACUCUGGAAGAGGUGUCAAGGCUGGGCCUUCAGGAACAUGUCAUUAGGCUCUACACGAAGCAGAUCACGAUUGCUAUCAAUGUACUACAUGAACAUGGUAUAGUUCAUCGGGACAUUAAAGGCGCCAAUAUCUUCCUUACCUCAGCAGGACUGAUAAAGCUGGGAGACUUUGGUUGCUCAGUAAAAUUAAAGAACAACACACAGACAAUGCCUGGAGAAGUGAACAGUACUCUGGGGACUGCAGGUACAUUCUGUUCCUUCUGUUGUAUAAAUUGACGCCACCAUAUGUGUUGUUUCAAAGCAUACAUGGCACCUGAGGUAAUUACUAGAGCUAAAG